UGAAGGUCGAACCGAUAUGUGGAUAGAAACGCGGAAUAUAAUUUACUACUUUGAAUUCAAACGAUAUAAUUCUGAUAAAAAAAAUGUAAUCAUGAGCUUAGUCGAAGAGGCAAUCAAUCAAAUAUUUGAAAUAAAAUAUUAUAUUGGUCAUACAGAUCCAGAAUCCUAUAACAAGACGAGAUAUGCUAUUGGGUGUGUUUGUUCAAUAGGAACUUGA